CAUUGGCGCACUCUUGCUUAUUUAUACAAAUGUUUGUUCUAUUUCUAGCUGAACCCAGGACAUUCAAAAACACUCACCCUUUUUCCUUCUACUUGAUCAUCACCUGUUUAAGGCUUUUGUGCCCAUUUUCCUUUCAAAUUUCCACUCCUAUCUUGCUUCUCUACAUAUAUACAUAGUCAAUCAGAAUGGCCAAUGUGGUGGAAGUGAAGGUUGGUUUACACUGUGACGAGUGUAUUAAGAAAAUUCUCAAGAUUAUUAAGAAGAUUGAAGAUAUUGAGACAUAUAACGUGGACAAACAGCUGAACAAGGUUAUAGUUACAGGCAACGUCACAACGGAAGAAGUUAUCAAAGUUCUUCAUAAGAAUGGCAAGAAUGCAAUCCCUUGGGAAGAUGUUCAAGCCCAACCCAAUUGCUGAACUCAAAAUUACAUUAUAAGCAACGACACAUGGACACAUCCUUCAAUAUGAUACCAAGCAUAAUGUGAAAAAUCUAUGAUCUAUUGAGUUUGUAGAGUUAUACUUAUAGAAACCUACAUCAGAGUUUUGUAGUUCCUAGACUUCAAAUAAAACACAUCUGAUACCAAUUAAAGCCAUCAUAUGAAAUGAGAAAUUAUAUCAAAUUUCAUGUUA